GGCACUAUCAAUUUAAAUGUCACAUUAUAAUUAGAGAUAAGGUGAAUGAAAUAUUUUUUUUGGACUGACUUCUCUUGGUGAAAGAGACAAGUUCUUGAGCUUAUACAAAGCUCUUCAGGUCUGGGAAAGGUAUUCAGAGUGUCUCAGAAAAAUACAAGGGGGGAACAGAUAUAUGUAUAAGAGUUAACACAUGUUACAAACAAUCAUUCCUGAUGACAUUGAUAGUAAACACCUCUGCAGUCAUAGGACUAAGGAGGGUUAGAUUGUUGUAAUGAGCCACAAAGCCAGUGUCUUUUUUUUUUAAAUCCAUGAUUUUUAGUGUCUAGCAGAGUUAUUAAUUUAAAUUCCCAGGCUAUCUUUUAAAGGUAUUGUGCAUGUGUCCAUUCAGAACAAGGACUAAGGGGACACACAGGGAGAUAUUGUUUUAUUAAAAGUGUUUGCUCACUGGGUGUUAGUCAUAAAAUGAUGAAAGACAUUAUGAAGUUACUUAACUUUUAACAGUAAGCUGAACUUAUCAAAAAUUAAUUAAAAAACCCCCAAUCUACUUUUCACUAAUGGCCUGAUCCUGCAAAGAUUUCCACUGAGGGUAUGCCUACACUACAGUCUCCACCAGCAUAUGCUAUAGCACAGAUGCAGACGUAUGUUUGUUUGCCUUCAUAUAAAUGCAAAAAUAGAAUAAAGUCAGGUUUGAUUAACUCUAGUUGUGGGCUCCAAUAAUACAUAUUAAAUAACAAAGCGAGUUAAACUAAUGCAGAAUAACGCAGCCUACUUCCAGAACCAGCGCAGCCACACAUGGAGUUAAUCCGGAGUGACUCCGGGCGAGUGCGGAUAAACACACCUGCCCAGGAUGUCUGGUCAGUUUCGCGGGGGCGGGGGCGACAGCCGCGCCCAGCUCUCGCAAGCGGCGUACGCCGGCCUCAGAACACUGCACGGGAACCUUCCCUCCGGCGCAAUUCGAGGAGGGCUACGCAGCCUCCCCCCGCCAUCUCCGCCGGCAUGGCACCUCCGGACCGCGGUAACCCGGUGCCGCCCCCACCCCCGCGCACACAAGGCGGGAACAGUGACCCUACCUGCCCUUGUGAUUGGUUGAGCAGCCCAUGGGGGCGGUCUCACGAUCGGCGCUUGACCCCCUCCCCCCGACACACACGUGACAGGGCCCUGCGGCCUUACUCGGGCUCCCAACCGGCCGCCGCCUUUCGCGGCCUUUUAGCGCCCCCUGGCGGCCGCCUCCCACAUCGCAGCUUUGAGCAGCGGCUCUGCCCAGCCGGCGGCGAAAUGGAGACGGCAGCGGCUGGGAGCGAGGAGUCGGGCGCCGCGGAAGAGCCCGGGGAGACAGCAGCAGGGCGAGAAGAUGGCGGCUGCGAGGGCCUGUGGGAGCUGCCGGUGGAGCGCUGCGUGAGGCGGGCCGAGUGCGGGCGCUGCCGCCGUCCUCAGAAGGUGUGUUUGUGUCCAUUCUUCCCUGUACAUCCUCUAAAAGUCUCCACUUGCUUGUAUAUAAUUCAGCAUCCAGCAGAGGAAAGUCGAGUAUUACGAACAGUGCCUCUGCUAACUGCUUGCCUCCCCGGAGACAAGUGUAAAGUCUUGAUUGGUCGACGUUUUGGUGAAGAUAGGUAUCCUGAAUUAGCAGCUGUGUGCCGAAAUUCUAAUACUCUAAUUCUGUAUCCUGGAGCUGAAGCAGCUAAUUUGGAAGAAGUGGCUUUGAUCUUCCCAAGUCCAUCCACAAUCAUCAUCAUUGAUGGAACAUGGAGUCAGGCUAAAGAUAUAUUCUACAAAAACUCUCUUUUCCGGCUUCCUAAGCAGGUGCAAUUGAAAUCAAGCAUUUCAAGUCAAUAUGUAAUUCGUACCCAGCCAACAAACACCUGCCUUUCUACACUUGAAUGUGCAGCUAUUGCCCUUGCCAUCAUGGAAAAAAAUGAUGGUAUUCAGGAGACUAUACUCCGCCCUCUUCAAGCUUUGUGCUCUUUCCAACUUCAGCAUGGUGCCCAGAUCCAUCACAGCAAGGAGCAUCUUCUUAAAAAUGGUUUAUAUGACAAGCCCAUGCCAAAGAAUAAACGCAAGCUCAAGAGAAUGGAACUCUUAGUGAAUAAUGUUAAAAUCUAGAAAGACUGUACACACAGUAGUAUGGAAUUUAUUUUUUUUUUGUAGCUAACAAACACAGUUUGAUAUUGGAUUGUUCCAAAUAGCUAUCCAUAUGGUAAUAGACCUUUUAAACUCCUGUAUUCAGGAGGCUUCCUGUGAAUAAUGCCAACUACGGUAAUAGGCAGCAUGUUUAGUUUUGUUGUUAUACUAGGCCAGGUGUCUUUGCUCAACUGUAGAGGGGAGGAAAACUGCAGUGAAUAAUUUAGAGCUAUGCUGUCUCUAGAGUCAGUGUAUGAUCCCCAUUAAGACUGGAUAGAUUUACUUUGGGGAAGCUUUUUCUCAGUACUGAAGAACAGGCAUUCUGUUUAAGUAGAUAGUGGUAAGGGUAAGGAUCCAGUAUUUGGAAGAAUAUUGAAUUACUUCUCAGCAUUUUAAUUUUAAUUAGUAAUUACAAUAGGGUAUAUCUAUAAAUUCCUAUAUUAGUUAGUUAAUCUGAAAAUAAGGAAAUGUGAUCUGAGUAUUUUUGUUUUAGUUUAGUGAGGCAUUUAUUUCUUAUUUUACUAGUCUGUUAACUUGUUAUAGAUUUAUAUCCCUAUUAUUGUGCAGUCAUACUUACUUUGAGCCUGUCCGCAGUUUUCAAGGGUUUUGCUUGUCUGAGAUAUGCCAAUAUAUUUUCUUCAGAUUUUAAUAAAAAAGAAAAUAUGGAAAUGGAGAUGGAGCUAAACUUUUAUCUGAAUUGUAGACCAGGUUCUGCGCUCCAUACUUGGGCAAAACUUCCCUUGUCUGUGUAAAACCCGUAGAAUUUGGCCCAAAGAGUAUAUGCAAUGUACCACAUCUUGUUUAAUCCCUUUGAUUUUGGAAUUUACAUGUAUUCCUGCAGAAGUUUCUGUUGAAACCCUUUCAGAAUUGAGUAGUCUAGCCAGACUGUAAAAAUAUGUUCGCAGAUGCAUCAAAUCUUGUGGCGAAAUGAUUCUUUUUUUUUUUUUUUUUUUAGCAAUCGUGGCGUUGCAGUGUUGCUGCCAGCAGUGGAAGCACAAGUGAAGACAAGGAUCAGAUAUUUUUAUUUGCGUCAUGAAGCAGGUUUUCAUGAUGAAAACUAGUGAUAUUAGUGCUUUACCAAGGUGAAAACCUGCUUUAUGAAACUAUGGUAGUAAAAGUGUCUGAUCCCUGUCCUGACUGGUGGUUGCGCUAUAGGUAGCAGCAGUACAUCUAUACUGGAUAGUAAUUAUUCUUAGGCCUUCUCUACGCUAGGGUAUUUUUCCCAUAAUUUAUGACUGCUACUUCUGCUGGACUUUUAAGUGGUCACCAGUGUUUUAACAACUGUGGAUUUGUCUAUAUUAGGAAAAGAGAUUAUAUGUCAGGACUAGCUAAGAUGUUUGCUAACCAUAACCUUUUCUUUAUUCUGGAUGCAAUUUAGAUAAAUCCCAUGACUGUGGCUAACACUGGUACAGCUGAACUGGUGAGAGCGACAAUGAGAAAUUAGGAGCAGAAAGAUUAAUGUAGACACCCUUACUGUAGAAGCACAUUCUCUUGUGAAACGGGCAAGAAUUCCUGUUUAAGGAAUGGAGGGUAUUCCCACUUACCUUGCUGUUAUUGUUUCAGUUUGCCUUGUUUUGGAUUCACUGGGACAGCAGUACAUCCUUCAGUUUACACUGUGAAAGUUAUUUUCCCUAACAGAAGGGUUAAAUAUUUCUUUUCACAAAAUGUAAGUUCACAUUCUGGAGAACAGAGGAAAAUCUGUGUUAAUACUCUAAAUUCACAAACAAUUGAAGUCUUAGUGGAUCAAAGAAAUAGUCUACUUAAUUGAGUUAUAAUCCUAAAUGAAGUACUUCAGUACAGUACAGUAUGUGAAUUGAAGGUUUUUUCAAUUCUGCGUAAGGGUCAAAUUUUCCAAUGUUAAUAUGAGAGAUUUUUAUUGAUGUGAAUAAUCUCAUUGAUGUGGGGCUACUCCCAUGAGUAAGUAUUACUUAAGUGAGUCAUGUUUGUAGGAUCAAGCCCUAAUGUUGGACAAAUGGAUGUCUGUUGCAGUCAAGUCUGCAGUACUGUCUGUACCAUACUAGUAGAUCACUAUCCAACAGUUAUUUUAAAAAGGAAAAAAGAUUAAGUUAUUUAUUAUGCUUCAGUUACUGGAACCCUACAAUUUUACUUUCUUUGAGGAUUUUGUAGUGUUCAAUUUAACUGUAGCACUAAUUACAUUAUCUGGGAUGGGCAUUUAGUUGCUACAAAGUUGUCAAACGAAAUUACAUCAAAGCUGAUCACAUUUUUUUGUUAAUUUCCAUUUUAUUAAAAACUAACACUUAAUUUGAUUAAAGCUGUUUUAUCUUCUUCCAUGUUAAAAUCCAAUUCUGUUGCUGCAGUCCAUUCUUGAAAACCAAGCAGAAUAUAUUCUCAAAUAAUAUUUCUUCAUGCCUUCUAUUCCUUCUGAGCACGUUUUCCAUUAUUUUUUUUCUGGGCACGAUGAAAAGUGUUUGCACAAAGACAUUUAGGGCCAAAUUUUCAGUUAGGCCUCAAUCAAGUAUCUUUUUUUUGGUAGGCCUACUUUUUGUGCCCACAAAUAAUUGGGUUUUUAAUUAAUUACAGGUAUGAAUAAUAGACAUCUUAAAUAUCUGAUUUGUAUGUGCGAAAAGGUGUAUAACUAUCACUUCUUCUUACAAUUUAUUGUGGAUCCCAAAAUACAAGCAGAAUUAUUUGCAGAUAUAACAUUGUGCAUGUAAAGAUUGAGGCCGCUCUUGAAAACCUGGCCCUUAAUCUAUUAUUCUUGUAAACAGAAUUUUGAUUGGUUCUAUAUACUAAAUUGUUACUGUUUAAUUUCAAUAUUUUAUGUUACAUGACAGUGUCAUGCAAGUUGAUCAGUUGUAAAUUUAUUUUCAGAUUUUUAUAUUUUUGAUGAUACUGUAUAGCUUUUUAAACAAAAUUAUGUGUAUUAACAAACAUUUUUAGAAUUUAGCAAUCUUGUCUUCAGGCCAAUGGGGAUCAAACUUGGAAGUGAUAUUUUAACGUAUGACAGUUAUCUCAAGAAAAGGUACUACCCAAAUCUUAACUGUUUUGAUUGUGAGUGAGCUUGAAGAGUUGUCACCUACUUUCUGUAAGAAAUUUUAAUUAGGAUAAGUUUAUUUUGCAUUUUUAUUAUUUGCUGUAAUGGUCACCCACUCUUCAUUUGUAAAUUAGCAAAAGAUUCUUGGGAGUUUAAAACAGCAGUUUAGCCUAGAAGUGAACUUCUAAAAACAUAUUUAAUACAGUGUAUUUUCUUUUAAUGUUUUUUCUCCCCUUGUCAGCUUUGCAUUUUUAAAUGUUGUUGUAUAAAUACAGUCUGCCCUCUACAUUCCACUGAAUCAUAUCAUGGGGAAUUGUUGACAUUGCCGUACAUAUGCUGACAACAUUGAUAUCAAACUUUGGUGAAAAAGAUUGUAAUAACAUAAAAUACUGUAAAGUGACUGUUUCCAGUACAAGAUGUUGGAUACAAAAGUUGUAUGUGAUUGCCUAAACAAUAUAUUCACUUUUUUAAAAAAAAUAAGUAUUUCUGAACCCUCUUAUUUUUAUUUUCUCUUUGUAGAAGAACAUUUCUAGAAAGUCUUCAAAUUUCAAGAUAAAGUUGGUCCAGGAAGAGCAGGAUAUGCUUUGUUACCUGCAGGACUUAAUACCCAUUGCAUUCUAACAUCUUGCAUAUUCCAGAUGUUAUCAAAAUAUUAGAAAGCAGUUAGCGUUUCAUUAGUUUUCUAUUUUAAAAAAUGUUCAUAUGAUUUGAUAAAAGACAAUUUAUUUUUAGACUAAAGGAUUUUCUUCUGUAUUGCUCAAAUGGAUUAAAAAGAUGUUCAUGCUGUAUUGUUUUCUAUUUCU